AUGGAGCGGGGGAGAAGAGGAGCGGGAACCAUCUAUAACGGCUUUGUUCUUGCGCUGGAAGAGAAAACCGAGAAACCUGCACCGAUUCCGGAGAGCGUGACGCUGACGUUCCAGCGGAGCGACGCUGACGUUCUGGAGCCGAUCCCGCCGCUGCUGCUGCCGGGGAACUCCGCAGACACCGCCACCGUGCCGUUGGUGCCGAAGAGCCGCGGCCACUGCACUGUCACGGCCAACGCCAGUCUGCCGGACGAUCAGUUCAGUGCGUCCGGUGUGUUCGUGCGCGUGAACGUGCUGGAGACGUUCGGACUGGACACGUUCAGCUCGGUCGUUGGCUGGUGCUACUUCGUCGCCUGGACCAUCUCGUUUUACCCGCAGAUGUACAUCAACUGGAAACGGAAAAGCGUGGUUGGAUUCAAUUUCGACUUCCUGGCGCUAAAUCUCGUCGGAUUCACCUUCUACUCUGUCUUUAACUGUGGCCUGUACUUCUCCAGCGCGAUACAGGACAUGUACCGGGCAGACCAUGCGUUCGGCUUUGUUCCGGUGGCCGCCAAUGAUGUCGUGUUUGCGCUGCACGCCCUGUGCGCGUGCGUGGCCAUCGUGCUGCAGUGUCUCAUGUACGAGCGAGGGGACCAGCGGGUCUCCACGGCAGCCAGAGGUCUUCUGGUGAUCUUCGCCGUCGUGAUAAUCAUCACCGCCAUCAUCACGGGCUGCGGAGUCGUCAACUGGCUCUGGUUCCUUUACGUGUUCUCAUACUUGAAGCUGGCCAUCACCAUAGUCAAAUACGUGCCACAGGCGUAUCUCAACUACCGGCGGAGGAGCACUGAAGGCUGGGCGAUCGGGCACGUGCUGCUAGACUUCACGGGCGGAUUGCUCAGCGUUCUGCAAAUGUUUGUGGACGCCUAUAAUUACGACGACUGGACUGCCAUAUUUGGAAACCCGACCAAGUUCGGAUUGGGGCUGGUGGCAAUUUUUUUCGAUGCCCUGUUUACGUGCCAACACUACUGUUUAUAUACGUCCCGCCGGUCGGAGCUGUUGGACUCAGGAGCGCACCGGUGACUCGUCUGCCGGUGGCGGGACGGACUUCAAGCUCGAGUCAGACUGACGAUUCUAGGGCCGGCCGCC